CGUGCGACUCGGCAACCCUAAAAAUCCGUCGAAAUUCAAAUAAGCAGAGACAGAGACAAGACACAGACGUAUUUUUAGCUCUAGAAGUAUUCAUCCCUUGGAAACGCAGGAAACGCAGUAAAAAUGGCAUCAGGAGUAACUGUUUCAGAUGUGUGCAAAACCACUUAUGAAGAAAUCAAGAAAGAUAAGAAGCAUCGCUACGUCAUUUUCUACAUCCGUGAUGAGAAACAAAUUGACGUUGAAGUAAUUGGUGAACGUGAUGCCCAGUACGACGCCUUCCUCGAAGAUAUACAAAAGGGUGGACCUGGAGAAUGCCGAUAUGGAUUGUUCGACUUCGAGUACAUGCAUCAAUGCCAAGGCACCUCUGAAAGUUCCAAAAAACAAAAACUCUUCCUCAUGUCAUGGUGUCCCGAUACUGCUAAGGUUAAGAAAAAGAUGUUGUACUCUAGUUCUUUCGAUGCACUAAAGAAGUCCCUUGUCGGUGUACAAAAGUACAUUCAAGCCACUGACUUGUCCGAAGCUUCACGAGAGGCUGUGGAGGAAAAAUUGCGUGCCACUGAUCGCCAGUAAGCCAGCCAAGAGUCAGCCAACUCUCCUCACAGAACACACACUCACAACAACAACAACAACAAUAAUUUUUGUGCAUCUGCAUUAAAUUACAAUUGAUUGAAAUAUUUUACUAUUAAAAAUAAAAUAAAGAAAAAUAUUGGAAAAAAAAGUCGCACACAAAUACAUAUUCAACUCAUCAUCAGACAAACUAUUAUCAUAUAAGAGAGAAAAAAAUCAGGAAUAUUCAUUAAAACAAUAACAUCAAACAACAACAACAACACCUACAACGGAAAUAACUUCAAUUUUUUAUAAAUAAUUAUAAAAAAAAGUAUCAAAUAAUCCUUUAAAAAAAUAUUGAAAUGAAAAAGCAAGAAAUAUCCUCAAUAAAAUUAAAUUAAAUUAACAUGAACAAAAAUGUACUUUAUACCUUAAUAAAUCAAUAAAAUACUUCAAAAUUUAUCA